AUGCCUUCCCAACAUGCUGGGGAACAGCAAAGAGGUGACACCACUGGGACCAUUAGUUCCAUCGUCUCCCUAGACCCUGUUCUCUCAGCAGAUGAACCCAUUUCCCCCAAGAAGCCGAAGAGUGUCCCUGAGCCCCAGCCCAGUCAUGUGCCAGGUGAAGCCACUUCCCCACUGCCCUCUGAGUGGACCUCAGUGAGAAUCAGCCCUGGGGAGGACGCAGCUGGGCAGGACUUGCUGGCUGUGCGUGUCCUGGUCACCAGCGAGGACAGCAGCUCUGACUCAGAGUCUGAAUGGGAGAACAACAAGGACCCCAGUGCAAAGGCCUGUGCUAAGAGACCCCCGCAGCCAGAAUCACCACCUCUACCAAAGCCCGUAACCCGGCACAUCUCCCUGAGGGAGCCUCUGACCAAGACCAUGCCCCCCCAGUACCCUGAGGAGCCACAUAUGGUGCAUGGUCUGCAACGGGCCAAUAGCUUCCAAUCUUCAACUCCCAGCAAAUACCAAAACUGGAGACGAGCAUUCCAGUCCAAUUUGACGCCAACAGACAAAAGACCUUUGUCACCUCCAAAGGAAACUUCUCCGCUUCAAUCUUCUUCAUGGUCUUCCCUGUCAUCUUCUCUGCCAUCUUUGUCUUCGUCUUCAGCUAGUAUCUUUGGGCACACUGCAGAGGAUUCCUCCUCACCUCAGGUGACAGCUCAUAACCCCCAAUCACAGGUCUCCAGGGGUCACUGCAUCCCUACUUCAAUCUAUCUGAGGCGAACCAAAGCCCAAGGCGUCCCUAAAGAAUUUCCCCUGUAUCUGCCUCAUGGCCCAGUGCUGGAGCGGGCAGAAUACUGCUUGGUGAGUCCAGGUGCAGACAACCUCGAAAGCCCUGCAGUGGUGGCUUCUGAGAGGUGCCAGGAAGCAAAAGCCCCUCUUGGAGGUACCAAAAGCAUCCACCAAGACUCACACCCCAUCAGGAAGAAGGAUAAGAGCUUACCAGACCAAAAGCUAUCUCUCAGGGCUGGAGAAGACCCAGCCGAAGUGAGUAACGGACCCAAGCGAGGACAAGAGGGUGGAUCAGAGCUGGUAGAGGAAGGCAAGUCCGGCAUGAAGAAGUUAGUCCUCACUCCGGAGCAGAAGACCAUGUUACUGGAUUGGAAUGACUCCAACUGUGAAAGCGCGGGCCUUAAGGCAAGGGAGCACAUCUCCCAGGAAGGUGGCAAGAGAGGCCGAGUUCUGAAACCCAUCCGCCCACUCACCCUCCCUCGGGCAGGGAAAGAGACACAACCCUGCCAGCCAGAGUCCCAGGACCAGAUGCGGACCCCUGCUGUACGGGCUCCAGGGGAGCGAAGCAUGCCUCCACCCAAGUCCCCCCUGCGGCUCAUAGCUAAUGCCAUCCGAAGGUCCCUGUUCCCCAACUCUGACGGUGGAAAGAAGGGCUGGGCCAAGGCAGAAUCAAAAACCAUGUCCACAUCCCAACCACAAGCUUGCACUCGUUCAUUCAGCCUUCGGAAACCCAGUUCCAAUAAAGAUGGGGACCUACAGUCCCCAGGGAGACACAUGGCAAGAAGGGCCUCAGCUUUCUUCUCCCUGAGCUCCCCAACGGCCAACAAUGCCCACUCCAUGGAUCUCAGCCGUCCUGACACCACCCUGCGUACGCACAGUCUGCCCAAUCGGCCAUCCAAGACGUUUCCCAUCCCCACAGCCUUCCCCUACAGCAAAAUUGAAGACGUCCCCACGCUCCUGGAGAAAGUGAGUUUGCAAGAGACCUUACCAGGUGCUGCUAGGAUUCCCAAGGCAGGAAUCCCACUUUUUUCCUCUCUCAGAAACAAAGACAAAUCGUUUGAGAGUUUCCUCCGAGAAUCCAGACAAAGAAAGGACAUCGGGGACCUCUUUAGCAGACCCCAGGGGAAAGGAACACCUGGAGACAGUGUCUCAUCCCUGGAGAAACUGGCACAGCCUCUCAGGAACACCUCCCUAGGGCAGACUGCCCAUCUUCCUUCUGUAGCUGGAGAUGCAAGACCUGGAGCUCAGGUGACAGAAGCAGCUUCUUCUCCCUCUUCCAUCACCUCCUCCUCUGCAGAUGAAGAGCUCGAUCCCCAGCUUUCCUCAAGGUUAAAGAAGAAGACACUCCAAAGAAAGAAGAAGCUGGAAAAGGCAACAAGGCAGUUGGUGAAGCAAGAAGAACUGAAACGACUACACAAAGCUCAGGCCAUCCAGAGACAGCUGGAGGAAGUGGAGGAGCGGCAGAGGGCUUCAGAGAUCCAGGGUGUGAGGCUGGAGAAGGCACUGCGAGGAGAAGCAGAUUCAGGCACACAGGAUGAAGCCCAGCUUUUGCAGGAAUGGUUUAAACUGGUUCUGGAGAAGAAUAAAUUAACGCGAUAUGAGUCGGAACUACUGAUCAUGGCCCAAGAACUAGAAUUAGAAGAUCAUCAAAGCAGACUGGAACAGAAAUUAAGAGAAAAGAUGCUCAAGGAGGAGAGCCAGAAAGAUGAGAAAGAUAAAAAUGAGGAGCAAGAAAUAUUCAACAAGAUGAUGCAAGUGAUUGAGCAAAGAGACAGACUUGUGGAUUCCUUAGAGGAGCAGCGCAUCAAGGAAAAGGCUGAGGACCAGCACUUUGAAAGCUUUAUCUUCUCCAGGGGCUGUCUGCUGAGCAGGACGUGAAGUGGCCCUGCCACUCCCUGGAGUGAGCUCAGAACACAUCCUCUCACCCUGGAAUAGAAAGCUUGCUCUUAUUUUAUUUUUGUACUG